AUGUUCCUAUCCGGAACAAUCACACUAUGGAUGUAUCAAGCCAUAGUUAGACCUCUGAUCUCAUACGGAGCUGUGGUAUGGUGGCCUAGAGUUGAAUAUAAUAAUUCGGCUCGGGCACUACAGCGGCUUCAGAGAUUAGCCUGUCUUGCAAUUACAGGAGCCAUUAGAACAGCACCCACUGCUGCUCUGGAGGUUAUGCUAAGCUUGCCUCCACUUCCGCUCUAUAUUAAAGCGGAGGCGGGUAUGGCAGCAUUUAGACUGCGCACAGCAGGUACAUGGAAGGUUGGCUGCCACCCAGUGGGACAUGUGCGUAUCAUGGACUCACUUGUUCGAAGGCAUCCUGACCUUCUAAUGAGGGAUGAUUUCCAGUUGGAGGAAAGAUUGCCUCAAAAGAACUUUAGACCUAUACUUCACACAAGGGCUGAAUGGAGAGAGCACGCGGGUGAGAUUAUUGAGCCCGGUACAGUUGCACUCUUCACUGACGGCUCACGUGUAGAAGAGUCCUCAGGUGCCGGGUACCACUGUCCAGAACUUGGACUUGGUGGGUCGGUGCCUCUUGGCCGAAAUACCACGGUAUUUCAGGCCGAGGUCACGGCAAUCCUGGUUGGAGUACGGAGUCUGAUUGAGGCUGGUAUCUCUGACCGGCGAAUAAACAUAUUUUCUGACAGCAAAGCUGCUUUACUAUCCAUUUCAGGAUAUAACUCCCGCUCUUCGUUAGUGCUUGAGUGCCGGAAAAUGAUAGAAAUGGCCUCGCUUAAUUGCGAGAUCACUCUCCAUUGGGUGCCUGGGCACUGCGGAAUAGAGGGUAAUGAGGAGGCGGACCGCCUCACAAUGGUGGGAGCGAAGACCGAAUUUAUCGGUCCGGAACCCGCUGUUGGAGUAUCCCCCCAAACAAGAAAAAACCAUCAUCAAGAUGGAUUUACUCACACAACACCAAACGGCCUGGUCUGCUACUAG